AUGGCACCUGUAAAAUUAAAAGAACUGAAGGAGCAGUUGAAAGACUUACUGGAAAAAGGCUUCAUCAGACCCAUCAGUUUGCCUUGGGAAGCCUCAUUAGAAGAAGAUCAUGCAGAUCAUCUGAGAGUAGUACUUGCGGUACUUCGACACCAGAAACUAUAUGCGAAAUUUUCUAAAUGUGAAUUCUGGUUGACUUCUGUGACAUUCUUGGGAUAUAUUGUUAGGGCUAAUGGUAUUCAGGUAGAUACACAGAAGAUCAAGGCCGUAAAAAACUGGCCUAGGCCGAUGACACCUAUAGAGAUAUGCAGCUUCCUAGGAUUAACAGGAUAUUACAGGAGAUUUAUAGAGAAAUUUGCUAGAAUUUUAGCAUCAUUGACAAGAUUAACUCAGAAGGGAGCCAAAUUCCAAUGGACCGAUGCCUAUGAAUGA